AUGUCAGAGGCGUGGCUGAGGUUUGCCAUCGGCCAGGAGCCAUGGGAUCGGUUCGACAAGAGACAAGAGUUCAUGAUCUUCGGACCGAAAGAAUGCAGGAUGAGGAGUGUAGAAAAGGAUGCUGCGAGGGGCUACGCAAUUUGGGAAGAAAUAGAGCGUGAAGGGUUGAUGCAGGAUUUUGGAGAGCUGUGCAUGCGACAUUCGGAAAUGUGUGACCCUACUGCCACACCAAAACAGCUCGAGACGAAAAGCUUUGAAGCAUUGGGCAUCAGUACAGGAAAUCAGCCUGGUGGGCUGCGGCUUGGAUUCUGA